UAUUUUUAACACAGAUUUAUAACCUAGGGACGUAAAAGUUCCCCCCAAUUGAAGAAUCACCCGAAUGCAAAGCGCUCGCAAAACUUUACGCCGCGUCGGAGCGUCUCCGAGGGCGCUCCGAAUCGUUUGCUUAACACGGAUCAAUUAAAUCAACAUUUGCCGAAGCCCCGUACGCAAGCCGCGGCGGGCGCAACAGAGGGGACGCGACUCUCGGUGUAAAGUCCUACGUGUCCAAAGUAUCAAGUUACCCCAGAGCGGAAUACAUUUGCAGAUCUGCCCCCCCCCCCCGUAUCCGCCGUGCGUGUUUAAUCACUCGGGACGGGGGCUCUUGAAUAGCGAUGAAGCCCGGGUUGCAUCUCCACCUGCAUUUAUGGAUGUCGUCCGGUUUAAAAAGCACGGGGCGGAGAUAGACGCGGCCCGUCGUCCCGUUUUGAGGAACAGGUCGUCGUUUCGUCGGCGCUUCUGCGGCUCUUGCUCACGGUCCUGUGUCCUUUUCUCCGCAUGUAUGUGCAGGUUUUACGCAAUGACGUGGACAUAGGAGACGCGAACAGACACACGAUCAAGAUGGAAUCAUGGACACUACCCCCUGCGCUCCCGAACCUCUCCGCCGCUCCCGAGCCCCUUCUCUACGACGGCUUCCUCCCUGGGAACGAGUCCGACUUCGGCCUGGAGGACUCCCCUCACAACAUCACCCGUCACGCCUUUGACCAGACCAGCUCGGUCGUGAUCACGUUCGUUUACUUUGUCGUGUGCGCCGUGGGACUGUGUGGCAAUGCCCUGGUGAUUUACGUAAUCCUUCGCUACGCCAAAAUGAAAACGGUGACCAACAUCUACAUCCUGAACCUGGCUGUCGCAGACGUCCUGUGCAUGCUCAGCCUGCCCUUUAUUGCGAUUCAGCUGGCGCUGCUGCGCUGGCCGUUCGGCGCCGCGGUAUGCCGCGUCGUCCUCACCAUGGACUCGCUGAACCAGUUCACCAGCAUCUUCUUCCUGACCGUGAUGAGCAUCGAUCGCUACCUCGCAGUGGUGCACCCCAUAAAGUCUACCAAGUGGCGCAAGCCUCGCGUGGCCAAAACGAUCAGCCUGGCCAUGUGGGGCGUGUCCCUUCUGGUCAAUCUGCCCAUCAUGAUCUUCAGCGGCCUGAACGCCAAUAAGAACGAGGCACGGACGUGCACCAUGCUGUGGCCGGAGCCCCAGAGCACCUACUACACCGCCUUCAUCUUCUACACCUUCCUCUUGGGUUUCUUCCUGCCGCUGAUCGUGAUCUGCAUGUGCUACCUCCUGAUCGUGAUCGAGGUGAGGUCCUCGGGCGCGCGCGUGUCCUCCAGCAAGCGCAGGCGCUCCGAGCGCAAGGUGACGCGCAUGGUGUCCGUCGUGGUGGCGGCGUUCGUGCUCUGCUGGCUGCCGUUCUACGUGUUCAACGUGGCCUCGGUGACCAGCGUCCUGGUGCCCACGCCGGUCCUGAAGAGCACCUUCGAUUUCGUGGUGGUGCUGGGUUACGCCAACAGCUGCGCCAACCCCGUCCUGUACGCCUUCCUGUCGGACAACUUCAAGAAGAGCUUCCGGAACGUGCUGUGCCUGAGGCGGGCGGGCGGGCCGGACGGAAUCGAGCGGAGCGACAGCCGGCAGGACAGGACGCGCACGGUCAACGACAUCGCGACGGAGACUCACAACGCCGCCCUGCUCAAUGGGGACCUGCAGACCAGCAUUUAGGUCCGUGAUGUCCGAGACCCAAUUGGUCUCCAUUCACGAGGAACCUUGAUAUGACGAGAUAGCUUCACUUUGGUCCACUUGAAGUGGUCAGAUGAACGAUAACUUUGGCCUCUUACAGAUUAUGGAUUGUACGGAUCCUUUAUUAUAUUGGCAAGGAUAGGCUGCUGUAAAAAAAAAAUCACAUUCCUUCGCUUUGUGUUGUUGUUUGCACUUGCUAAGAUGUUUAAAUCACGUCCAUUGAAAUAUCGAAGAGAAACGAUCACCGUGACGUCCGGCUGUCUUUUUAUUGACCUUCGGUUUCGCUGUAAGGGUGUAGAGCGAGGCAAAUCCCCACACACCGGGCAGAAGUAAAAUAGAUAUUCAGUCCAAGGUCGAGCGACACUGUGGCUACGAAGCCGUAAUAAAUAAAAAAUUAAGCGCCCAGUUAAUAAAUACAGAGUAACGAAGGGAUAGCGGAACUAAAUACGACGUCCGCAGAUAGCGCUUUUCCACCAAAAUAAACGCGCUGCAACCAGGGCUGGAUUCUGAGAAGCGUGGUAUCGAAUCCAGCCUUGCUUUACCGGUUCGAGGCCGAGCGGCUGUACGAGCAACGAUUGGCCGGUCGCUCGUGCGGGGGGGCGGGACAAAGGACCGGAUGUGGGUCUCUCUCUGUCGGAAUGCGAUCGCGUUCUCUGCCGGGCCGAUUGGAGGCGCUUGCACAGAGAUGGGAGGGGGUGCCCUUAGGGUGUGUCUCUCCGCCAUGCGACGCUGGGUGGCGCCAAACCCGUCGACGUGCGGGUGGCAAAGAUGCAUCCGGCUGCUGCUCGCGUUUCGGAGGGGAUACGGGUUGGCUUCGGUCACCUCCGUCGGGGCGGGGUUCGGCAUAGACGGAGAGGAAGCGCGAUGCUAAUUGAACGAUUGGAUGCGCUAAAAAGGGGAGGAAAAAAAGAACCCUGGUUCUGGUUCUUGAACCGGUUCCGUUCGGGUGUCCUGUAGAGAACCGACCCGCGUUUCCGCCAGUUUUUGGGAACCAACAACGUGCGUCGCAUAACGAAUGUAAAGAGUAACACGAUGGCGGAGCGUGUAGAUCGACUGUGGGGAUUUGUGCUGCUGCGUGGAUCAGCUGUCGGUGAUGAGAAGUUCCACGACACGAACAAACGUCUGUGUGGAAUAACCAUCAAACCCAUCAAGCCCAGUCUAACAGCUCCACGUGUAUCCGUGUUCAACUGGAUUAACUUCACGUGUGCUGGUUCUGCAGCUCCAGGUUCUGAAUCCACAAAGAGCUUCAACUAAAUAAAGCGUAACGUGGCCGAAUGUACUAACAGUCAGAGGCGUAGAGAGAGAGAGAGAGAGAGAGAGAGAGAGAGAGAGAGAGAGAGAGUUGCGACGCUCCUUGACAUUCCUUCGUGUGACCCUCCAAUAGUUCCAAACAAACCCGGCGCCGUCACGUUCUCAUAUGGGACCGGCAGCAGUGAAUUAAAUAUUAAACCGUAAAUAAUAAACAUUUCUACAAUUUCUGGGUGUUUUCACCUGCGUUUACAUUUACUGCAUCUGCUUUAAUGUCAAUCUGGUAUAUAAAGUGGAAGAUUGAUGUUUAUAAUGACUAAUAACACACAGUACAUUAUAUUAGCAUACAUGACAUAAUGCCAUAUCAUUAAGUAGUAGAGACGAUACACAGCACAGAGAUUAAAGUUUUUGUAUGUUUAGUUUUUUACAUAAACUAUAAUCUCCCUUCACUUUCCUGAGGAUUCAUAAUAAUAAUAAUCAUUUUGGUUAAACACUAAGUCAUGUGCUGGGUUCAUAAGGUUUACCUGCACUGAAUGAACAGGUUAUAAACACACUCCCGUACCUGUAACAUUAUAGUGCAGCUACAUGUAACACAUGAAUGAAUUCAUUAUUAAUAUGCACUAGUUCAUUUUGUCUGAUGUAAGUGGUGGUGAAGGUGCACAAACCAUGCAGGUGAGUUAAAGUAGAGAUAUCCAGGGUAACAUAUUACUCCAGUAAAAGUAAAAAUACUCUUUACCUCCACUUGAGUAAAAGUACUAAAGUAUUUACCUUCAAAUGUACUUAAGUAUGACAGUAAAAGUAUCAUGAUUUA